AUGAAUGGACACACAUCGAUUCCAUCCCGGCAAUUCCAGCCCGCUUCUCUCCAGUUGAAUGAUUUGAAGCAGAUAUGUUCGCGCACAGUCGAUACCUCCACCUACCCGUUGGCCUGUGCGGUGGAGCGUAAUAUACCAAUCUACGAUCUUGGAGCUCUAGAAACUGGCGCGAUUAUUUCGCAGCUGCAGGAUGAAUGGCAUCACGUCCUGCAUACUGGCCCAGGUGUCUUCGUCCUACGAGACAUGUACAACCCCGCCCGGUACAGCCAUAAUUCCUUCAACAAACAUGGCGCCGAAGACCCCGCGUCAUUCGUCGACUACUACGCCAAUCUCUGGUUAGCCGCCGUCUGCACUGCAUGGCUCGGCCCGGGCUAUAAAGUCACGGCGCAGGUCAACGCAGUCCACCCUGGCGGCGCCGCCCAGGGGGCCCAUCGUGACUUCCACCUGGGAUUCCAGGAGGCGGAUGCGUGCGCACGUUUCCCAGCGCCGACGCAGCUGGCGACGCAAUUCCUCACGCUGCAGGGAGCCGUUGCACAUACGGACAUGCCCGUCGAGAACGGUCCGACGCGCCAGGACGGUGUCUUCUUUAACCCUGCGCUCUUCCAUGCGGCUGGGGCAAAUGUUAUGGAUCCGAAUAAUGGUGGGUUCCGUCGCGUCGCGAACCUGUUGCAAGUGAGUAGUCCGUUUGGGAAACCGAUGGAGACUGUUGACUCGCUACCACUGGUGGAGAAUACUUGGGAGUUGCUGGUCCAGCGGUAUCAGACUGCUGGGAAACAUAUUGCUGAUCCAGACCUUGAUCCCCAGCGGUCGUCCCUGGAAGCUCGCGAGAUCAGGGCGUUCAUCCAGGCUGUCGCGGAGGGAUACCCCUUUCCUACCAAUCUCGAUCGUCGACCACCUGCCCCUAGUGGCAUGGCACCGGAGAGUGAGCAGGCUAUUGUGCUGCGUGGAUUGGAAGCAGGAUGGAGUCGCAAAGAAGUGGUUGCUGCACUGGAGAAGCUUCGACACGACGAGCGAGCAUGA